AUGAGCGAGGAGAAUCGAUCAUUCACCCUCGACGAGAAUCUAAAACCCCAAGUCAAACCAGAGAAUGAGCUCAGUGAAAGCAUUGCAGUAUCUGAGAAACAUGGGUCUGAAUGGCUGGAAGGGGUAUCUCUAGUUAUGGCCAUAAGCGGGACCACGGUUGUAGUUUUUCUCAUGUUGUUGGAUAUAUCGAUUGUUUCAACAGCCAUCCCCCAGAUCACGAACCAGUUCCACUCCCUCGACGACGUGGCAUGGUAUGGGAGUGCGUAUACAAUCGCGAGUGCCUCUCUCCAACCUCUCACGGGCAAAUUUUACAACUAUUUUCAAUUAAAGUGGACAUUCCUUUCCUUCUUCGCACUGUUUGAAAUAGGUUCAUUAAUAUGCGGGGUUGCCAAUUCCUCAAAAAUGUUAAUUCUCGGCCGUGCAGUAGCCGGAAUGGGAUCUUCAGGGAUGUUGAACGGAGCCAUGAACAUUCUCGCCGCUGCUGUACCAAUGCAUAAACGGCCGACACUAAUGGGAAUCAUCAUGGGGAUCGCGCAGCUAGGGCUAGUUUCUGGACCUCUGAUUGGGGGUGCAUUUACGACAUCUUCAACAUGGCGAUGGUGCUUUUAUAUCAACCUCCCAAUCGGCGCUCUAGUAGGUGCCCUUCUCAUAUUCACCCGCAUCCCGGAACAAAAACCAAAGGACAAAGCCAGUGAAGUAGUCCGGUCGAUGCUUCUCUACAAAUUCGACUGGGUUGGCUUCGUCCUUUUCGCUCCAGCCUGCAUCCAACUUCUCCUUGCAUUACAGUACGGCGGAAAUCAAUACCCCUGGAAGAGUGCUACAGUUAUUGGACUGUUCUGUGGCACUGUUGCAACAUUGCUAGUCUUCAUAGCAUGGGAGCGCCACAUGGGCCGCGAUGCAAUGAUCCCGGGGUAUCUACUCCGUGACCGGAUUGUUGUUUGCUGUUGUAUGUUCUCCAUGAUGAUCUUCGGUAUGACAAUGAUUUUGUCAUAUUAUCUGCCCAUUUACUUCCAGUCUGUUCGGGGUAAGUCAGCGUUAGUCAGUGGGGUCAACUUACUACCGAAUAUACUAUGUCAGUUGGUUAUGGCCGUUAUAUCAGGUCUUCUAACCGGAAAGCUGGGUUACUAUCUCCCAUGGGGAGUCCUCGGCGCAAUGCUAAACGCAGUCGGCAACGGCCUCCUAUCAACCCUCUCACCGAAUACUUCGGUCCCAAAUUGGGCCGGAUUCCAAUCAUUAGUCGGAUUCGGUAGAGGCGCCGCAACCCAGGUACCCAUGAUUGCGAUCCAAAACGCCGUAACAGCAGACGAAGUCUCAACUGCACUGGCUAUUAUGACCUGUAGCCAGACUUUGGGUGGCGCAAUCUUCCUGGCUGUUGGACAGGUCAUCUUUGCCCAGGGGCUGCGGGUAAAGCUUCCGCAAUAUGCUCCUGCUGUGGACCCGGAAACAGUGAUUGCGGCUGGUGCGACAGGGUUUUGGGAUGUGGUGUCUAUGCGGGUUUUACCGGGUGUUUUGACGGCGUAUGCGAAAAGUGUGGAUCAGGUGUUUUAUUUGGGUGUUGGGUUGUCUGUUGCUCAGUUUGUCUUUGCUUGGGGUGUUGGGUUCAAGAAUGUGGUUGAUGAUAAGGCUUGA